AUGAAGAGAGCGGAACUCAGAAGGGCCAGGUCUCAAAGUCCGGAGUCGGGUCCUGUGUCGAGCCACGGCAGCCCAGCCAAGCGCCCCCGGACUGCUCUAGCUUGUCAACGGUGCAAGUCACGCAAACAGAAGUGUGAUGGACAAGAGCCAUCUUGUACACCGUGUUUGAAAUCCUCAAAACGAUGUCAAUACGUCGCCUCUACCGUUCUUAAGCCCACAGAGCAGAGGACUUAUGUCAAGACCCUGGAAUUGAAGGUCGCCGACCUGGAAAGCCGGCUCAGAGAUUCCGAGGCCUCUGCUCGUGGUGGCGAUGAUGAAUUUGAUGAAUCUUACCGGCUUUCGGAUGUCCCUCCAGAGAAUCCCUUGUCUAAAACCAUUCGCGACCUCAGCCUGAACGCUAGCGGCUACAGUUAUCUGGGCGGCACCUCUAACGUCACGCUGGGGCAUCUGCUGGGCCCAGUGCUUCAGAUUGGGGUUCGACCUACAAACGACAAGAACCGCAUGAACGCAAAUGAUCCUGACAAAGAUCCAUUGGUAACUCGCAGAUUCUCGUCCACCGAUGAGGCUGAGGUCUGCUCUGGUCUACCUCUCACAGAACCUGUUGUCGAGCAGUUGUUUGAAGCGUAUAUGGACCAUGUGUCCCACCUUUUCCCGGUCAUCCAUUCGCCCAAACUUCGCGAGAUGCAUGCGCGACGAUCUAAGCCCAAAGGACCAUUCGAAGUUUGCGUUCUUCACCUGGUGUAUGCAAUUGGUGGCGUGACACUAUCAUCGGCAGAGCGAAAAGGCGAGUUCAGAUCCGAUGAGCAUUAUGAAGCGGCCAUGCUUGAUCGAAAUAGGAUCACACGCUGUUUUGACAGAAGAGAGAUCAUUCUCCUGUCCCUGGCAUCGCUGUACUGCUUGCGAGCGCCUCGAAGUCCAGGACCUUGGUCGAUGAUCGCCUUGGCCGUCAAACUGUGUACAUCUCUGGGAUUACACAGAAAGACACGCCUUUCCAAACUGAGCUUGAGAACAGAGCUCGACAGAAGGCUCUUUUGGUCAUGCUACCGUCUUGAUCGAGACAUAAACCUUGCUAUGGGCCGUCCUCUAUCUAUUUGCGACCAUGAUAUCGAUUGUCCGCUUCCACUCGAUGUCAACGAGGAUAGCGUGGAUCUGGAAGACUUUCGCAAAGCUCAUGCUCAAGACAAACAUCUGCCUGCGAGUCCUUCAACUAGCCUGACGUACUUUGUACACAUGACUCGACUUACCAGGAUCGUUUCCAAAAUUCAACAUACAAUAUAUCGCGUCGAUCAACCCGUGGAAGAUUUUGACAUUAUUCGUGGAUUCCUCACAGAGCUGGCUGCUUGGGACGAGGCCACUCUACCAGUGUUCACUCCAGAGCAUAGUCUUCUCACGGACGGUGCCCGCGUGGCUGCUUCUCAUCUCCAACCACGGGAGCGCUAUCAGAUUGAGUAUCACACUGCGAUGCGAUUCCUCCUGUUUCCUUGUCUUGGCAGUGAAGAUGUGGUUGAUGCGCAGCUCCUGAAGAAGGGCACAGAAGCUUGCGUCGGAGUCUGCACUGCCUUCAAGACUCUACACCGAAAGUCGCCAGCUGCGUACUACUCGCCUCUGUCGGUCAUGUCUCUAUUUCUAGCAGGACUGACCUUGAUCCAUUGUGGAUACGGCCCAAAUGCUGAGAGCCACGAUCAAGCAACGGUAGCCCAGGCACUUACAGAUUGUACCAUCAUGCUGUACGUCAUGGCCGAGCGCUGGCCCCGGGCACGCAAGUUCCGAGACAUAUUCGAGCGCCUGAAACAGAUUUCCGCCGAGCGGCAGAGCCAGAGGAAGAGCAACGAGGGCUCGAGUGGAUACACGAACACGGCGAACUCCUUCGCCACCAUGAACGGCCACCAGAGCAUGAUGCAACCAAACAGAGCAGCUGUUGCGUCUGACUCCCUGAUUCACCUGUCAGACAAUUACAACACCGUCUUGGGCAUGGCAGAGCCCACCGUUCCGGACAUGAUCCUCGAUAUCGUGCGCGAACCUUUCCCACUGUGGGACGAAGGUAACUUCAAUUUCGAGGCUUUUAUGGAGAAUCAAUCCUCUAUGGCUACGGGAGAUUAUGGCGCGCAGCAGAACGACUUUGAAUGGGAUGGCCAUUUGGGGCAUUCCUUCACACCCAGCGGCUGCGCUUUUAUGGACGAGUACUAUCUCAACGAUUCAAUGCCUCCUAGCCUGCUUUGA